UCAAAUAGUGGUCAAUCCGAAAUUUUUUUGAAUGAUAUUAAAGAAAAAAGUAUUCUAGAAAAAUUCAUAGAAUUAGAGGAAAUUCUUUUAUUGGACGAAAUAUUCAAGGAAUACUCGGAGACACAUCCCCAAAAGCUUUCUAUAGGAAUCCACAAAGAAACGAUCCAAUUAGUCAAGAUACACAAUGAGGAUCGUAUCCAUACGAUUUUGCACUUCUCGACAAAUAUAAUCUCUUUUGUUAUUCUAAGCGGUUAUUCUCUUUUAGGUAAUGAAGAACUUGCUGUUCUUAACUCGUGGGCUCAGGAAUUCCUAUAUAACUUAAGUGAUACAGUAAAAGCUUUUUCGAUUCUUUUAUUAACCGAUUUAUGUAUCGGAUUUCAUUCACCCCACGGUUGGGAACUAAUGAUUGGUUAUGUUUACAAAGAUUUUGGAUUUGUUCAUAAUGAUCAAAUUAUAUCUGGUCUUGUUUCCACUUUUCCGGUUAUUCUCGAUACUAUUUUGAAAUAUUGGAUUUUCCGUUAUUUAAAUCGUAUAUCUCCGUCACUUGUAGUUAUUUAUCAUUCAAUGAAUGAUUGAUAAAUCAUCCACCGAUAUUCAUAUUCAUUUAAUCUACUCUAAUGGUUAGUUAUACAUAAGCAUUAAAAACCUUCUAUUGGGGGGAUUUUCACCCUAUAUCCUAUAGUAUUCCAGUAAAGUGAUUGCAUUAAAUAGCAGAAUCGUGGAUAGGGAACUAUACCAGCAACCUACCCAAUUUAUUGUAUAAAUUAUUAUAUAAAUUUUUCGGAUCAAUGAUUAGACCAUGCAAACUAGAAAUACUUUUUCUUGGAUAAAGGAACAGAUUACUCGAUCUAUUUCCGUAUCACUCAUUAUAUAUAUCAUAACUCGGACAUCUAUUUCAAACGCAUAUCCCGUUUUUGCGCAGCAGAGUUAUGAAAAUCCACGAGAAGCGACUGGGCGUAUUGUAUGUGCGAAUUGUCAUUUAGCUAAUAAGCCCGUGGAUAUUGAGGUUCCACAGGCGGUACUUCCUGAUACUGUAUUUGAAGCAGUUGUUCGAAUUCCUUAUGAUAAGCAAGUGAAACAAGUUCUUGCUAAUGGUAAGAAGGGGGGUUUGAAUGUGGGGGCUGUUCUUAUUUUACCGGAGGGAUUUGAAUUAGCUCCUUCCGAUCGUAUUUCUCCCGAGAUUAAAGAAAAGAUAGGCAAUUUGUCUUUUCAGAGCUAUCGCCCCCCAAAAAAAAAUAUUCUUGUGAUAGGGCCUGUCCCCGGUCAGAAAUAUAGUGAAAUCACCUUUCCUAUUCUUUCCCCCGACCCCGCUUCUAAAAAAGAUGUUCACUUCUUAAAAUAUCCUAUAUAUGUAGGCGCGAAUCGAGGAAGGGGUCAGAUUUAUCCCGACGGAAGCAAAAGUAACAAUACAGUUUUUAAUGCGACAGGAAUGGGUAUAAUAAGUAAAAUCCUACGAAAAGAAAAAGGAGGAUAUGAAAUAACCAUAUCAGAUCCAUCGGAUGGACGUCAAGUUGUUGAUAUUAUCCCUCCAGGGCCCGAACUUCUUGUUUCAGAGGGUGAAUCCAUCAAAUUGGAUCAACCAUUAACGAGUAAUCCCAAUGUGGGUGGAUUUGGUCAGGGAGAUGCAGAAAUAGUACUUCAAGAUCCAUUACGUGUCCAAGGUCUUUUGUUCUUCUUGGCAUCUGUUAUUCUGGCACAAAUCUUUUUGGUUCUUAAAAAGAAACAGUUCGAAAAGGUUCAAUUGGCCGAAAUGAAUUUUUAGACUCGCGGAUUUAUCGAUAUCAGGAUCGUAAAAAGAACAAAAUUCUUGUUGUCAAUUAUCUAUAAAAAGAAAUUACGAAAAACUUUUAUUUACUUGCUCUUUUUUUACGAGCUUGGGGGAAUCAGCAUUCCUAGUCAUAUCAUAAUAGGUAUAUUUUUCUUUCAAGAAGACUAUUUUAUUUGACUUUAUGACUUUGUCUUUGUUAGGAUUCCAAUGUCCUAAAAUGGAUCCAUUUUAGGACAUUGGAAACCGAAUUAAAUUGGGAUAGAUAUCAGCAUAAGUAAGCGGGUAAUAGAACGAACUACAAAUGUGGGGAACAGAUAAUUCUAAGAGCUAUUAUUUGUCUUCGACACAAGAAAAGGGGGGUUUAUAAAAUCCCUUUUCUUGUGUCGAAAGAGGAAUGAUUUUGGGCUCCUAGUCUGGGUUUCGGUUUUCCAGAUGUAUCAGAACCUUUUUCUAUUUAUUUCGGACAAUGACAACAAAAAAGUCAAGUGAUGUACAAACAAAAAAUAGAACUUAUUCCAUGAACUUCGAAAAAAUCUCUACUUUUCUGAUAUACUAAAUAAAUAAAAAAAGAAAUAUGGUAAGAGGAUAGAAAGUAUUUCUACGAUAUCGAAUCUAGAGAAAUAUAUCGAAUCCGUGCAAUUGAGUGAUUCCCUCCUUAUUCAAAGAA